AAUUCGCAAGACGCCAAAAAAAAAAUUAAAAUGGGUGGAGACCAUGACCUGAGAAGUUACUAUUUAUCCGGAAUUGUUUUUUAUAGAGUUUCGUCUUAUUAUUUGAAACCGAAAGUAGCAAGUAUGCACGGAAUAACGAAUAUGAUAAGACGCAUGAAGGAAGAAGUUCUUUAUGUUUGCCCGCCUUUAGCAUUGGGUUAUCUGACUUACCUCUGGGCAGACGAGAAGCAUGUUCAAUUGGGACGUAAAGAUCCAAAUGACUAUAUUCACGACACUUGAUUUCCUUUAAAAUUGUGUAAUUUGUGGAGAAAUCCACGAUAAUCUUGUAUAAUUUGUUUAAUAAAAUAAUGAAAAAACC